UAACCAUAUCCUCUUAACUACUGAAACUAAAUCCAUUCAUGAUUAUAACGAUGACGAUGAUGAUGAUGAUGAUGAUGUUCUAGUCGGGAAAAUGUUGAACAAGUAAACCUGCUAUUAUAAAUGUAAAUAAUUAGUUCUGUUAACCACUUUAUGUACUGAAGUACUUUUUUACAAUGCAUCAUGAUGUUAAUCAGCACAAUACUGGUGUCAUGAGACUUGAGGAUCAGAGUUUUUAAUUAUUAAACAGUUUUGGGUGAUCUUCGUACAGAAGUCCUGAUAUGAAACCUGACAUUAUGUCGCGAAAUUGUAUCGGAAAUCUAUCACCGAUUCAACGAAAACUUUUAACAAAACGAAGAUGUCAAUCUACAUUCAAACCACUCAGUGGAUUGAAUAAAAAUAUCCGAAAAAGAACAUACUUAAAAAGAUUAAAUGAUAAUAAUUCUUUAAAACCACAUCAAAUUGAAUGUGAACGAUUGAGGGAAAUUCUACCAACUGUUGCAAACUGUGAAAAUUUGGAUGAAGUGAAAAUUAUUCAAGAAGCAAUAAAACAUAUAAACUAUUUAGAACAAGCAGUACUUCGACGAUUAAAUAUUAUCAAUGUAGAAACUUCAAUUGAAAACAGUAAUCUCCAUUCUUCCUCAUUGUCAUCAUCCUCCUUACUUCCAGCGUUCAUUUUUAAAUUAUUAUCUAGUCAGAAUAAUCCAUCACAAUCAAUACCAGAAGAGAAUUUGCUUUUUCAUGCUAAUACUUCUUAUCAUAACAGGCCUCAACUAAAUAAUAAUUACAUAACUGAUGAUAAUUUUUUAUCAAAAUCCUAUGAAUAUUUAAAUUCCAAUGGUAGUACACCAUAUCAGACAGAUGAUGAUAUUGAUCAACUGGGGUAAAAGGAUAUGAUAAAAAGAAAACUUUUUUAAAUACUACAAUUUCAGCGCCUUGUAAAUAAAAAAAGUGAACAUAUUUGAUGGUAAAUAACCAAAACCACUGUUGAACACUAAACUCAAUUAACUGUACGUAAAAAUACAUACAUUAUUGUACAUAAGUUAUUUUGAUUGAAUUAAAUAUUUAAAGAGAUACAUUAUGAAUGAUUAUAAAUUCUUAUUUGGUUUUAUUAUGUAAUCAGAAAUGUCAUUACAUCUGUUUUGAACUAUCUAA